AUGGCAUAUCCCAUCGACUCUUCUGCGAGUGACAAUUGGGUCGUUGGUAUUCAGGGACAAGCAGGAGACCAAAAUGCUCCUCCCUUCAAGAAAGAUUACCCUUCUUAUUUCGACAUCUCUCCCCGAUCUGAUGGCUUGCCUCAUAGCACCUCCACGAUCGACAUCAGCCCUGGGAUGCAGUUUCAGCAAGAUUCUCAUACUACCACACGACGUCCAUAUUUCCGGUUCUACUCAGACUUCGAUGCUCUCCACAAGAAGCUAUACAACCAUGCCAUCAUAGUAGCCCGACCUACUGCUAGUGCGUCAGCUUCAGGACUGCAAUAUCCUCCCUCUGCAGUUACGAACCCCGCCAAACCAGGUACUGGUCGAUCUGCAGAACUGUCUUCUCUUCGUUCAUCACGACGUUCCUCGGGAGGAUCCACGAAGACUUCGCCAUGGGAGUCACAUCCGGCAAAAGAGAAUCAUCCCUACCCCCGCCAUCGACCAAGGCUGAGGCGUGUCAUGGCGACCAGUCCUGCCUGGAGUACCAGCACCGACGGCAGAAAGACCUCUGCAGAUUCCGCACAACGAUUGUCUCCAGCCGCAUCCGAGGCGCAGACAAGCGCUGGCGACAUCAUUGUUGUCCGAACAGACCAGACGCCUCUAAGACCGCCGUCCAGGAGUUUUCCUGCUACCGAAAUGUCCACACCCAGCUCCAUAAAGGUGGAGACAGAGUUCUUGGGUCACAAUGAUAAUGGCAUAUCACAAUCGAAGACUCACUCUUCGGAAGAGCAAGGUCAUACAUCUUCACGCAGGAGUUCAGUCAAUCCCAAAGCAAUCCUAAUUCAUCCGUUCCAUUAUAUUCGCUAUGCCAGCCUGCCCAGACGCACAAAGAUGCCAACCACAGCCAAGGCUGCCCAACAGACUCCGAUUGCACGGGAUACGCGAAUGGCAGACCAUACCAGCCAGCUCAAGAGGAAUUAUACGUCGGAAGCACUGCAACGUGUGACGGGCAUCUUGCAGGAGAUAAAGCAGGCACCUCAGAGCUCGCUGUGGCCGCCCCAGGUCAUUAAGCCGUUGAGAUGGAGGACAUUCUCAGAUAAGUCGCUUUUACAGCAAACAAAAAGCGAGCCGCGGGUCGUGCAGGGUAUCAUAUCUGAAAUCGGCAACAGUCACAAAGGCAGCGGGGAAUUACUCUCCGGCCUGCAAUCAUAUACCUCCAGCCAGAGAGACUUGCGAAUGGGCAUCGUGCCCACGAACACUCCAGAUGAAACGGCCACGUACAAGGUGAAAAGAAGCCUAAGCGCCGAGACCGAGGAAUUCUUGAGGGUCGACAUCAGCAUUAGAGGGGGUACCAGUUAUCUACCGAGCGAGGCUCGUCGAAUACACACGCCACCCCUCCCGGAAGAAGGAGUGGAUGGACGUUGGAGGGGCUUUUUCUUCGACUACAACGCGCCUGGGCGAUCUGUCUCUCUACGGCGAACGGAUAGCCUUGAAGGUGGAGUGGACAGCGUGAGCACCAGUCAGGGCAGCAACGCAACCUCAGGCCACAGCCGAACCACACGAGCCAGCAAGAAGCCAGAGAGGACCAAGAGCAAGAAUAAGCGGAUUCUGACCGGGGACUGGUACGAUGCCAAGCUGGCAGAAGUCGACAUGGGCAUCGAGGCCGACCAAGGGGAGAUGAACAACGCCAAAGAAGGCGACAGAAGAGUCAAUUCGCCCGGGCGUCUGUCCAAGAUCCGCAAGAUCCUGCACGACGCCGAGCAAUUCGAUCUGACGAUCCCGGAGCAUCUGCCCAGCAGCCCGCUGUGUCCACGACACCCCCGAUAUUGGCGCGUUGUCAGGGGGCGAGGCAGCCAAUUCAGGGGCUGUUGGAUGCACGGUGUGGGUGGGUUUGAAACAGAUUCCGAGCACAGCGAUUAG